UACAUGACGGCGGCAGAAGUAGACACUUCCUGUCUGCGGUGUGUUCAUGUGGAUAGUGUUUAUGUGUGUGUUUGUGUAGGAGAUGAGUGAUUGUGAGAACACACACACUAACAACAACAUUAUUACACAGGAGUUUAUAGCGUUAGAGGAUUUUAAAGCUACAGGAAAAGAGCAGUUGAGUUUCUCAGCAGGCGAUAGGCUGCUAAUCCAUGAGCAGGUUUGUUCAGACUGGUGGUGGGCCGAGCGGAGCGGCUGCUUCGGCUACGUUCCCUCUGCGUUCCUCCAGCGAGGAGUCGAGGACGUGGAAGACGCCUGGCAGGACGAGGAGUAUUUCAGCAGCUAUGGAACUCUGCUUCAUCUGGAGAUGCUCUCGGACCGGCCACGUACCGAAACCUACAGGCAGGUGAUUGUGAGCAACAGCGCCGCCCUGAGGGGCAAAGUGGUGCUGGAUCUGGGAUGUGGAACCGGAAUCAUCAGCCUGUUCUGUGGCCGUUUUGCACAGCCUGCAGCUGUCUAUGCGGUGGAGGCGAGCUCGGUGGCUAAACACACUGAGAAACUGGUGAAACUAAACGGGUGUGACGGCGUUGUAAGCGUCUUUCACUCUAGAGCCGAGGAUCUGACUCUUCCAUCUAAGGUGGAUGUCCUCGUCUCAGAGUGGAUGGGGAACUGCCUACUGUUCGAGUUCAUGGUGGAGUCUGUGCUCCGUGUGCGGGAUCACUGGCUGAAGGAUGGAGGGAUGAUGUGGCCUUCAUCCGCCUCACUGACACUCGUUCCCUGUGAGGCCCAUGCUGACUACAGCCAGAAAAUGGAAUACUGGGAAAAUAUCUACGGCCUGGACUUCAGCUGUCUGCAGCCUGUUGCUCAGGAGGAGUUCUUCUCCAAGCCAAAGUUCAGCCAUCACCUUGUCCCUGACGACUGUCUCUCCACUGCAUGUGAUGUCAUCACUCUGGACAUGCACACACUGAGCGUGUCUGAUCUGGAGAAACUGAGAGGAGAGUUCAGAUUCAUCAUAGAAAGAUCUGGAACUCUGCAUGGAUUCACUGCUUGGUUCAGCACAUUCUUCCGCAGUUUAGACGAGGGAGGAUCGUCGCUAGAGCUCAACACCGGACCACAUGCUGAGUCAACUCACUGGAAACAGACUCUGUUCAUGUUGGACGGACCAACGGGAGUGGAGGAAGGUGAUUGUGUGGGCGGGGCCAUCACACUGCAGAGGAAUCCUAUUUGGAGACGUCACAUGUCAAUCACCAUAGAGUGGAGUAUAAAGAGGAGGAGCGAGACAACUUUCACUGAGAUGAAGUCGAAGCGUUUCCCCAUGUGGAGGUGAGCCUCGCUUCAGGAUUCAUGCAGUACAGGACUGUUAACUUUAAAUUUUGUUUACUACUUUAGCAUGCAAACUAGUAUUUUAUACGUGCACAAUGUGUUCUGCUCUCAGCCAAUAGAAAUACACGAUUUUAUACAGACGUUAAUUGAUGACUGUCUUGUAAUCGGUUCAAAUGUACCGAUGAAAUAAAAACAAUUCAUGAUCAUGGA